UCCGCACCCCGCCGGCUCCCCGCCGCGGUCCUGCCGCCCCCGCCCGCUGCAGUUCGGCCCCGGGAGCCAUGGCCGAGCCGGGCGGGGAGGCCGCGCCCUGGCCCGGGCCGCCGGUACAGAUCCGCGUUGCCAUCCAAGAGGCCGAGGAUGAGGAGCGGACGGCGGACGGGGAGCGGCGCGUGGGGAGCCCGGCGCGGUUCCUGAGCCCCGGCUGGGGCAGCGGCGGCGAGGACGAGGCGGGCCGCGGGCGCAGUGGCACCAUAAGCGGGGAUGAGAAAGAGCAUGAGGGCCCGGAGGGAGAGUGGACGCCGCCGGACGCAGAGCUGGUGAGGAAGCUGGUGGAGCAGAUUGAGUUCUACCUGUCCGAUGAGAACCUGGAGAGGGACGCCUUCCUGCUGAAGCACGUGCGCCGGAACCGCCUGGGCUAUGUGAGCGUCAAGCUGCUCACGUCACUCAAAAAGGUAAAACAUCUUACUCGAGACUGGAGAACCACAGCUCACGCCUUGAAGUUCUCGGGGAUCCUGGAACUGAAUGAGGAUCAACGGAAGGUGAGGCGGACCACCCCGGUCCCACUGUUUCCCAACGAGAAUCUUCCCAGCAAGAUGCUCCUGGUCUACGAUCUCCACCUAGCGCCCAACCCUCAGAAUGGCAGGGUACAAGAGAGGGUCAUGGAGCACUUGCUCCAACUCUUCGGGACCUUUGGGGUCAUCUCCUCCGUGCGAAUCCUGAAGCCAGACCGGGAGCUGCCCCCCGACAUCCGUAGGCUCAGCAGCCGCUACAGCCAGGUGGGCACCCAGGAGUGUGCCAUUGUGGAGUUCGAGGAGGUGGAGGCGGCCGUCAGAGCCCAUGGCUUCAUGGCUACCGAGUCUCAGGGCAAAGACCACAUGAAGGCCCUCCUGAUUGGGAUGAAGCCCCCGAAAAAGAAACCUGCCAAGGAGAAGCCCCAGGAUAGGGAGCACCCCGCCGGAGCCCCAAUGAACAGAUCCCUCAACAAACGGGUAGAAGAGCUGCAGUACGCAGGGGACGAAUCUUCCGCCAACAGCUCCUCCGACCCAGAGAGCAACCCCACGUCCCCCAUGGCUGGCCGGCGGCAUGCGGCCACCAGCAGGCUCAGCCCUUCCGGCCCGCAGAAUCUCUUCCUGAGCCCCAAUGCUUCUCCAAGCUCCAGCCCUUGGAGCAGCCCCUCGGCACAGCGCAAGGGUGUGUCCAGGAAGUCCCCAUUGGCCGAGGAGGGCCGGUCAGGCUGCAGCACUGGCCCUGAAGCUCCACGCACGGGGGUGGAUUACUCCUCCGACAGCAGCAUCACCCCAUCCGGCAGUCCCUGGGUCCGCCGGCGGCGACGCCAAGCUGAGAUGGGGACCCAGGAGAAGAGCCCUGGAGCCAGUCCCCUGCUGUCUGGGAAGGUGCAGACUGCAGAUGGCCUGCCUGUGGGAGUGCUGAGGCUGCCCAGGGGUCCGGACAGCACCCGGGGAUUCCAGGGUGGCCGUGCCCGGAGCAGGGUCUGUGUGUGACUUUACGCCCUGCACAGGAGGAGACAUCCGAGUUCCCUUCCCCUGGUUCGGACAGACGCCUGGCAUGACCUGGAAUGGCAAUACGUCCCCUUUGAAGUCUUUUGUAUACGUGUAGACCUCAUUAAUUUAUAUAUUUGUCAUGUCUGUAUAUUGUGUGGUCCACCCACAUUCAGGAGGCCUGCCUUGCGGCAUGGCUGGUGUGAGCGGUGCCUGGCCUGUGCGAGCAGCAGCUGUGUCUCCCUGGGGCAAGCCUGUGUCAUCUCAGGGUGGGGUGUUUCUCAUGCAGUGACUGU